AGUGUGAGAGAGCGAGAUUGAAAUUAGUCAGAGUGCAACAGUCUGCAGGCUUCCUCCGACGUGGAGAGUUCAAGCAGUCACUGAGUAAGAGAUUCAGAAUGACGAGGACUUAUCGAUAUGUAUUGGCGGCAAUUGGGAUACUUAUAAUGAUGGCCUUUUGUGUGAGGGUACUUUCAAGAGAGUCCCAGGUUCUGACAGCCACUGACUUGAAAUGGUCACUAAACCAGUUUCGGGAGAGUCUUCAGGAAAACCUCUUUCGGAGAGAGGGGGACCAGUUAGCUACGACGUCCGAGAAGCCUUCUCAAGAGGAACAGAUUGAAAAUACAGAGGAAGUAGUCAUUCAUAACAAAACUUGCCGCCUCAGAACAUCAGCAGAUCCGGAGGAAAUCUACAAAUAUAUGAAAACUACCACAGUAAAAUGUGAGAUGCCUGUAAUGGCCGGUGGAACAGCAAAGACCGCGAAGCCAUAUAUAAUGAACGAGAAGUGGGUGUGCCUGGACGCGAGGUACAAUAUCGUGCCUGGGAAGUGUACCGUCUACUCGUUUGGAAUUGAUUCAGACUGGUCGUUCGAUGAUGACAUGGAUAAACGCUUUAAUUGCAAGGUUUAUUCCUUCGAUCAUACUAUAGAAAGGGAAGACCACCAGCGCUCAAGCAACAUCAAGUUCUAUGCAACUGGAAUUUCAUCAGCAAAACACGAAAAUGUUGACCGAUACAUCAACAUCCUAAAGAGGUUAGGCCACGAGAACACCACCAUUGACUACCUGAAGAUGGACGUGGAAGGAGCUGAGUUGCAGUUCUUUGAAGACGUGUUCACCAAAACGCCUCAAGUACUGAGGAACAUAAAGCAGAUCGGAAUGGAGGUUCACCCUUCGAGAAUCAAGAAUAGGCAGAAACUCUACUUAAAAUAUGUCCAACUUCUAGAAUGCUUCGGCUUCAAACUGAUUUUUGGACACAUAUUAGAUAUCCCACGCCUUCUGUUCAAGAGGAAUGGCGAGACACGGUCAUGCUGCUAUGAGCUGGUCUGGGCUCAGGACAGGCACUGGUAGAAAAAAGGGUGUUAGUCUGUGCCAAGUUUCCAGGGUUCAUCAUAAGUAGUGAUUACAAUGUAUUCCACCCAAACUCCCUCCCCCACAUAUAUAUAUAUAUAUAUACAGAUAGUAAUAAUUUUCCCAAGUUAAUCACUGAUAAUAAUAUAACACUGCCUUUGAUAUCAACGCUAUUAUCUUGUGAAACCAAACUGAGUGCUAGUUAUGAAAAUAUCUACAAAAUUCCAAGUCAAAAAGAUGAUACCAGUAAUAUGUUUCACCGAAUACUUUUCGUUACUUCUUUUUCCGAAAAACGGUGCUUGGACUUGUUUACGGACGGCACCGCAUUUUUGUAAACGUUUAUUCUCGGUUCAUUGAAUAAAUACAAAAAGUGUUUUGUAAUAGACCUCUAUCUUCAGUCUCUAUAAUCACAACUAAGCAAAUUCUUGAGCAUUACAGUUCCACAAACUAAUUUUUAUCAUAGAAAACUUCUCUAGCCGGCAAGGAGUUUAUCAGUACGCCCUAGUUACCGAUCCUGAUUUCCCCAUCCCUUGAAUUGGCGGGAAAAUUAAUACCAUUGCUAUCGAUACUAUGCCGAUUUAUUGUUAUUGAUGUUAUGAUUA